GCACUUGCUACGAAAUUCGUGGCGAGGAAUUUUCGGCAAUUGUACCUUCUUCUAACUAUAAUGAAAGAAGAUGAGUUUGAUCCUCCAGAAUCGAUGAUCUUUUGAAAGCUCACGAAGGACAAUAUUAUCAAUUCUGCACAUUGGGACGCAAUCCUCACCAACCUAGCAUCUGAUACAGUAUCAAUAGAAGAUGAUGGAAAUGCCUGUUGGACAAGCGGACGUCGGUGUUUUGCUUGUCGUUGCUCUUUUGGCCUCGGCCUUUCUCACCAACCGAUCCCUGACCCGAGGUUGUUCAACUCCAUGUACACCUAGACGCAUGCUCAAGAAGAACAAGGACACCGGCUCCGAAGAGAUAGACGCAAUGGAAACAGAAACGUCCGAGGGUCUUGACAAGGCACCAGUGAUCGUCUUCCAUCACUUUGGCUCCAAAAGCUUUAACGAUAAGAUUCUUUUGUUCGAGACCGUCAGUGUGAGAUUGGAGACUCUCCUUCAGUUUGCAGUGAAAGACUGUUCGCAACGCGUGCGACUCAUUCACUUUCUUCCCGAGGACGCGGGAGCUUCGGUAUUGCACGAGAUGAUGCACGAGAUGGGACACGAUUAUUCGGCUACAUUCAAGGAGGCAAAAAGCUACAAGGAGGUGGCGAAGCUCGUUGGAUCUUCUCGAGUUUGCGUCUGCAGCGGAAACUUCGACAAGGCGCUCUACACGAUUCAUGAACUGAAGGCUAACGGCGCAGAUGUGGGCGUCCUGCUCUCACUAAGCCUUUCUUGUAUGCGUUCUGGCAGCUUCAAUCGAGCGGACCUCCUCUCCCACGUCGAAGAAAUUCUCGAGGCGAAGAUCUUGUCGACCACCAAAGCGGCCGUAAAGUGGCUUCUACCAGACGGCCCGUCUCUUUCGGCUGCUGCCGAGAAGAGAUGUGAAGAAACUCACCUAAAAAUAAAGAUUGUACCCGAAGGCGUGGUCGUCAAACCGGAGCUGAAAGAAGACCAUAGGUUGCUCAUCUCGACCAUUUUUAAGGAGAACGUCUGCAAGGUGGAGCUGAAGAAGAUCGGCAAGGGCUUCUCGAAGGCGCACAAGUUCUUUUGUACACCCACAAUCACGACUAACGAGGGAGCGAAGGCGAAAGGGGCCAUGAUAUUCCUCAAGAUGGGAGAUGAGGAGGAGGUGGCGAAAGAGCUCGAUGUCACCCGCCAGAUGAUGAUGACCCUCGGAAACAACUGUCCACAGGUGAUCAAUUACGCGGAGGCGGGAGAGACCGGCGGUAUGCUUCUCACGCUGGCAAACAUGGGCGACGACGGUCCGAAGGGAUUUGCGACACUAUAUAGCGACCUCCUGAACGCUGCAGGAGAAGGGAAGGCACAGAAACAGAAAGAUCUAUCAGAAAGACUCGAAAGCGCUGUCGAGUACGUUUUUGGGACCCUGUGUGUACGUCUUCAUCGCGCGAAGGCGCGCUCGGAGGCCUUCUCGGCUGCAAGCUGCCUGGGGCUAUGCUACGACUACGACGGUAAAGAUCCCACCGAGAUGAAAGAAAAUCGGCUCUCGUCGUUUUGGGUGCUGCAGAAAGUUUGGAGGAAGUGGGGUGGCACUGGAAAGCUGGCUUCGUCCGUACAGAAUAAAAUGAGGGAAGUGCUCGGUGAGGACGAGGCGAACCAUCCUACUGUGAACUUUGGCGGCGGGCUUGAGCUGCCAAACAUUGUCCCGGCCCUGCUUCAAGACAACGAAAAGCUCCGUGCGCUAGCAGAGAAGACGGCAAAGUAUUCGCAGUGCCUGGUUCACGGCGAUCUUCACGGUGACAACAUCAUGAUCGACUCAAAGGAUAACCGCUACUUGAUCGACUUCGGCAGGACGGGUAUAGGCCACGCAUUUGAGGAUCUAACCUGGCUCGAAAGCUUCUGUGCCAUGGAAUAUUGCGAUUGGAACGAGGUUGAAUUGGCCGAUGCACUCAAGAUCGUUCCGAGUCUAGCAGCCGCGUUUACGAUCGACACAUGCCAGGCCAAAGCGCUCGAUGAUGCUCUCACCGCAUCGCUGACGGAACCACGGGUCAUCGCCAUGUGGAGCAUUGUCCGAGCACUUCGCGUCAAGCUGGGCGAUUUCCUCCCUGAUUUCGCCGACGAAAAGGCCGUGAAGGUCGUCGAAGAAAAUGCUGACAUGGCCAGGCUGCUAUGUCUGCGAAACGCGCUUUUCUUGGGUUGUGCGCCAUCUACCAAGCCAGCGAUUAAGAAGUUUGCGUUUGCACUCGCGUGCGCGUACGGAAAGGAGGUCGUAACAAUGCUAUCAUAGUGGUUGUCGAGGGAGUGCUUUUAUAGCACCAAACACCAUCCGACUUGUGGUAUGGAUACCUCAUCGACGCUCACCAAGGUGAUUUUCUUAUCAUUGCCAAAAACAUUAGGUUGCAAUGAGUAUAGUAGUGUCCUGUGCUUCUCCAAGAUGAACAAUCUAUCACGAAGCAAUAGUUUAUUGUUUGUAAUCAUAAACGCGCUUUCAUUCU